AUGUUUCAGGAUGCAAGCAGUCUAUGUACAAACAAAGAGUCGGAAGCUCUUUCAGUAGACGACUCACCUUCCAUACUUAAUAUUGAGUCGCCACUGCCGUCCUUGCAGAUCCGCACCGAUCUUCCCAGUAUACGUCCGUCCAGUUCGCGAGACUCCGACCCUUCGUAUGCCUCACUCUCCGGCAGUUAUCCUCAUCGUACCCCGAGUUUGCGUGGCCUCGUUGCGCCUCUCUCCAGUGCGGGCUCUCUGUCUCCCGCCUCGAUUAUGUCCUCGCCCCAAUUGAUUGCGAUGGGCGAUAUCACACCUCUACCAUCCCCAAUCGGAGGCGCCUCACCCUGGCGAAGAUCCGAUCUUCCGUCAUUAUCGCGCUCGUCUUCAAUAGCCUCGCGGAGUGGAUCCAGCCUGCGUCUGAGUGAUUCGUCACAAAUGCUUGGCCCGCCCGUCAUGUCCCGCCCGCGCAGCAAACCAUACCCGGGCCUCGAUGCCGAGGACUCACCCGUGGCCAACCGCUACCGUCGGGAGUCACCGAACAAGUCCUCCCACUCGCGCAAUCGCAGUCUGAGUGAUUACGCACCCCCCGGUCGGGUCACAGUGCCACCCCGACCAAUUGCGGUAUCUGGGAACCCAGGGCUUGGCAUCGGUUCCUCAUCGAGCACAGACUCCAAGUCCAACGGACUUCAUCGGGAGCAAUAUCUGGCCGUCCACCGAGGCAUCACAUUGCCGACCGUUCGUCCCCCGAGCCCACCGCGCAGCAGUGGCAGCGGAUACAGUGACAGCGAACCGGUUAUUCAUCACCCACCGCCCCUGUCCGCCCCCCAAGAGGUCUACUCGGUCCGCUCGGUGCGCACGCAACAGGCCCGUAUGUACCAGAAGAUCCGGGUCCUGGGACAGGGCACUUUCAGUCAAGUUAGUCUGGCAGCUCGUGUGGAAGCUGUACCGGAAAUUCCUCUAUCGCCGCAAUCGGACGGCGGAGCGGCAUUCCACGGGACCGUCAACACCCAGAAAUUGGUUGCAGUCAAGAUCAUCGAGCACGGUCCCGUGGGAGGUGCAGACGAAGGUCGCCUCGAAGUGUCCCUCAAGCGUGAAGUCGACAUCUUGAAGUCGGUCAACCACCCAUCGCUUGUCCAGUUGAAAGCAUUCGGGAGCGAUGAUAAGCGCGCAUUGCUGGUUCUGGAUUAUUGUCCCGGGGGAGAUUUGUUUGAAUUCGCGACUUCUGGGGCUCCCCCCAUGUCCCCUGGACUGAUCCGCCGUAUAUUCUCCGAACUCAUCAGCGCCGUGCGCUAUCUUCACUCUAAUUAUAUUGUCCAUCGGGACAUUAAGCUGGAAAAUGUUCUGCUUACCAUGCCCGCUCAUGUGAUGGAUGAUGUCAAAGACUGGAGCACCUAUGACCGUGCCGUGGUUACACUCAGUGAUCUUGGACUGUCCAGGCGUAUCCCAGAACCCCCAGAAAGCCCCCUUCUGCAAACCCGCUGCGGCAGUGAAGAUUACGCAGCCCCGGAGAUCCUGAUGGGACAAGCCUACGAUGGUCGGGCUACCGAUGCCUGGGCUCUCGGUGUCUUGCUCUAUGCCAUCAUGGAGAACCGCCUCCCCUUCGAUGUCCUUCCUGGUACUCGUGGGGAUCCCGCGAAGCUUCGUGCCCGCACUCCCCAUCGCAUCGCGCGUUGUGAAUGGUCCUGGUACCGAUACGCGGAUGAAGAUGAGGAGUGGGACUCCGAGAAGGGCAAGGGGCUGGACGGGGCUCGUGACUGUGUGGAGGGACUCCUCAAGCGUAACACGAGACGUAAGGGCCUGGAUGAGAUUGCCGCCAUGGAAUGGGUGCGUGAUGCCAUCAAUGUGCCUGAGCUGAAACGAGGCGACAAAGAAGUGCCAUAG